AUGCCGGCCGCCGCGCGCGCCGCCAUCGAGUGGGCGUGGGAGGGGCACUUCUCCCUAUUCGCCCGCGAUGUGGCCUACGCUGUGGAGGGCCCUGGGGACGCCGACUCCCGCGCCUGCCUGCUCGAGUCGCUGCUGCGCUUCACCGCCGGCUGCGCCAUGACAGACACCGCGCUGCACCUGCUGCACGCCUGCGUGCGCGGCGGCGUCAUCGCGCUCGUCGCGCCGGGGCCCCCGCGCGCCUUCGCUUUCGAGCGCGCCGUGAGGGCCGCCGGCGUCGGCGGCAUCGGCUUUGUGGCCGCCAGCUGCGUCGGCGACCUGCCCGGCGCGCCUCGCCGCGCCGCCGCCGCCGCCGCCGUCGGCUCUAAGGCCUUCCCCGCGUCCGCCGCGCGCGGCGGCGGCUCGGCGGCGCCACCCGCGGCCGCCACCUCCCACGGCCUGCCGCGCCUUGACCUGCGCACGUGCGUGGGCGCCGGCGCAACGCCGCUCGCCGCGCUGGCCGUGCUCCUGCUCGCCCUGCUGGCGUGGCUUGUGCUGGCUCGGGCGCCUGCCGCGGCGCUCGCCUAG